UCACCUUCCUAUAGCCACUUAUAUCCUGCUUGCAACUCUAAUUCCCUUCCUUUUUCAUCACUGAUCGACUUCAGCAGCAGCAACCAAUUUCGGCUCAUCAACAAGAUCGAAAAGCUUGGAGAUCAAGAGGAGGGGCUGGUCUCUGCUUCUUGCUCCUUUCCCGUUCUACCUCGAAUCGGAUCGAGUCGAUCUGUAGACUCGGAUCGUGAUUAGGUACGAAUUCCCCUAUCUUUUCCAAAUCUAGUCAAACUUAUUCCAGUUCCUCUUUCCCCUCCUACAAUUGUUCAUGAAAUAGAUCAAGCACUAACACCGAGCUGGAUCGAUCUGGCUUACUAGUACAUAUGCAGAUCGAGAGACAUGCAUGAAAUUAACUUGUUUCUCUUAGUUUCUGUGAAUGAAGAAUAGACCAAGAAGCAACUAAUUUUUCAUCGGCCUGAUUGCGCGCUGCAAGAAUUUAUCAGGAGAAGGAAGACGAAGAAGCAAGAAAUAGCAGUACCUAGAAGCUGGCCAACCAGUGGUGGAACGAAGGGCGGCUGGGCCUCCCUGUACCCACGGAGGUGCCGCCGCUUUCCUCCUCAAGCCUCGACAAGGAGAACCAGCCGAGCAGCCAAGACAUGGUGGCGCCCUGCCAGGACGGCGAGCAGAGUCAGAGCGGCACAGGUGGCCACGGCGACGACCGCGAGAACUUCAACGGCGAGCCCAAGGAGGGCGCGGUGGUGCCCGACAACCGGCGCCCACGCGGCCGGCCCCCGGGGUCCAAGAACAAGCCUAAGCCGCCCAUCUUCGUCACCCGGGACAGCCCCAACGCGCUGCGCAGCCACGUCAUGGAGGUCGCCGGCGGAGCCGACAUCGCGGAGUCCAUCGCCCACUUCGCGCGCCGCCGGCAGCGCGGUGUCUGCGUGCUCAGCGGCGCGGGGACCGUGGCCGACGUCGCCCUGCGCCAGCCGGCCGCGCCCGGCGCCGUCGUGGCCCUCCGGGGCCGCUUCGAGAUUCUCUCCCUCACCGGCACGUUCCUCCCGGGCCCCUCCCCGCCGGGGGCCACCGGCCUAACCGUUUACCUCGCCGGCGGGCAAGGGCAGGUGGUCGGAGGCAUCGUGGUCGGCUCGCUCACGGCCGCUGGGCCUGUCAUGGUGAUGGCGUCCACGUUUGCGAACGCGACCUACGAGAGGCUGCCGCUGGACGAAGGAGCUGAGGAGGCCAUAGAAGGCCGGCCUGGCGGCGGUGUCGCUCCAAUGAUGGGCGGUGGGCUGCCCGAUCCAUCGGCGAUGCCAAUGUACGGAGGCGUGGCACACAACCUGCUCCUGCCUGGAGGUGGCCAGCCCGGCCAUGGCGCCGAAGGGAGUACAUGGCCGCAGGCACGCCCGCUGUACUAGAGGAUCGGCAGUGAUCGUUGCAUCGCCAUGGCUGGCUAGCUUCAAGCGAUCUAUGAAGGCCAUGUUUGCAACUUGCAAGCAUGGAGCAGCUAGCCCUACAUCACAAUAAGGUUCAGGACAUGCAUGUUCAAUUUCAGCAUAUGGCCGGAGUAUAUGUAGCUAGCUGGUAAGUACUGCAUUGUUUGUCAUAUAUCUUGCAUGGUAAGAAACUGUCUGAUUGUAUGGUAUAUAUAUAUACCUGAACCUUUAUCUAUCGCAUUAUGACUUCGAUUCAAAUCUCUUGCUGAUUUGAUUUGAUCAUAUAUACUUCAUUAAAACACUACUAAAAAA